UAUCAUGUUAUUUUCCUAUAUAAUUUGUAACCUAGUUCGCGAGUUUCUGAUUAAAGAGGCUCUUUUGGUUCCUGAAUGUGUUAAAAUUAUAAAAGCAUCCCUGAAUGCAUAUUUGAUUUGAUGGACUAAACUAAUGGAAAACACAUUCAAGAGCACUGAAGAGAGUGGCUGAUUUGAUACUGAAAUAAUAGAGGUGAAAAUGUUUCAAAAAUUAUGAAUGGGAUGAAGUGUAUUAUUUGUUGCACAAUGGCAUCAUCUUCAAUGGAAGUUGACAAUGUCCUAUCUGAACAAAAAGUUUUGCCUCCAAAGCCAAAGUUUGAGCCUCUGAAACCUCAUGAGAUGCCUGGUGCUGCGGUUCAGUUUCGCAAGGUAUCGGUUCCACCACAUCGUUAUACACCUCUCAAGAAAGUUUGGAUGGACAUCUACACUCCUGUAUUUGAGCAGAUGAAAAUUGACAUCCGAAUGAAUUUGAAGGGUCGAAAAGUUGAGCUGAAGACAAGGCACGAUACACCUGACAUCAGUAACCUGCAAAAAUGUGCUGAUUUUGUCCAUGCUUUCAUGUUGGGUUUUGAUGUCAUUGAUGCUAUUGCUAUUCUGCGUCUGGAUGAGCUCUAUGUUGAGUCCUUUGAGAUUAAGGAUGUUAAGACACUUCGAGGUGAUCACUUGUCCCGUGCUAUUGGAAGAUUAUCUGGAAAAGGUGGUAAAACCAAGUUUACAAUUGAGAAUGCAUCGAAGACUAGAAUUGUGAUUGCUGACACCAAAAUUCACAUUCUGGGAUCUUUUGCAAACAUCAAGAUUGCUAGGGAUUCUCUUUGUUACCUAAUUAUGGGAUCACCCGCAGGAAAGGUAUAUUCCAAGUUGAGAGCCGUUACUUCUAGGAUGGCAGAAAGGUUUUAAUCUUAUAGUGAAGAGUUAUAAAAUAGUUAUUUAUGAAUGCUUGAUGAUGGAUGGAUUGUUAAAGAAAUAUCAAAUUUUGGUUUUCCUUGUCUUUGUAAUGAAAGAAUUACUGUUUCUUUUUUGUUUUGAACUUCAGUAUUAGUAGUUUAUUGUUAUCUUCAAAAUCAAUCAAUUGCAAAAGUCUGUAUUCUGGACCAAAACAACAAUAUAUAUCUUGGUGCUAUGGAUUUGAGCUCUGGUGACUUAAAUAGUAACA